CGCGUGCACUCAGUGCAGUGUCGACCAUCCACGCGCGCACCCGUCGGUCGAAAACCCCAAAUUAGAAAUAGAAAAACGUAUUUACGAUUUCCACGCGACGUGCGAGCGAGACAACCAUACUUCACUCGUGUCAAUUCAACGAUGGAAAGCAUUCAGUAAUUUCGUUGUGUUUACGCGCGGCACCGAGUCAACGCGGCCUAUUUCGAGCUGUCAAAUCGUACCAUGAGACGAACGUACUGUAACACCGUUGGGGAAACGGGGUAGUGUUUUUUUAACCUAACCUACGACAAUUCAGUUGCGCGCGAGCGUCGCCCCGAACGCGACACGAACACGAACGAAGCCCGAAUUUAUAUACAGAUGUUCGAAAUUCAAAAAGUGUAACCAAACUGCUCAAUAUUGUGAUUUAUACUAGAUACUAGUGCCUUACGGACCCACGUGAUGUCAUAGUGCAAAACUAGGUUAUAUGUGAACUAUCUUUAUGGACAGUGGUGCUGAACGACACAGGGUUGCCGCUCGAGUGCCAUGGCGGAGUGUUCGUUCGCGCGCUGCCAGCAGGAACGACGCGCGAUCCGCAAAGAACUUCAGCGGUGGACCAAGAACAUGGUGUACAUACUCGGUCUAGAACGGGUGGCAGAGGAGUUGAUGGGUCGAAGAAAAUGGAAACUCUAUCAAGACGCGAUCCUACCCAAGCGCGACGGCGAGCCCUCGAGCGACGAGUCCAUGCCUUCCACGGACCCCCCUCCAGCCCUCAAGAUCAAGACCAUAGAGCAGAUCAACGAAGACAAGCCAGAAGAAAAAAGGCCAGAGACCAUAUUAGAAAGACUGAUCAAGACCCCAGCUACUGUCCCAAAGGUGGAGAUGGUAGAAGAACCGUCAGAUUGGAAGCCAUCGGACAAGUGUUACUUCUGCGUGGAGGGUGAGGGUGGAGGGGAGGCGCGGCCGGGCGGCGCGGCGAGUCCGGCUUCCGAGUCCGACAGUAGUUCCGUCUCCGGCGCGAAGAGUCCGGCCGCCGCUCCCCCCCAACUGCUGCAACACCUGCUGCAGAUGCAGUUGCAGGCGCAGAGUCCGCAGGCUAUUGCACAGCUGCAGCAGAUGAUCGCGACGCUGGCCGCGCUGGGCACGGGGCUGGUGCCGCCAGCGCUGUCGCAGGCGUGGCUGAUGCAGAGGCUAGCUCCCCGGCUACCUGACAGGCUUCAAGAUGUUGAGAAGGCAUCAGCACCGAGCGCCUCACCAACCUCUGCAGAACAACCCCUGGAUCUCAGCGCCAAGUCCACCUCCAGCACGAGUGGCACGCCACCGCCUGACGCCAAGGAUAACGCCAGAUUGAAACGCGCAAUACUCGAUGGCGGGCCCUGCAACAGUACCGCGCGGCGGAACUACACCGAAGACGAGCUCCAGUCAGCCCUCCGGGACAUCCAGUCCGGGCGGCUCGGGACCCGCCGGGCAGCCGUCGUCUACGGCAUACCCCGGUCCACCCUUCGCAACAAGGUCAACAAGUUUGGACUCGCCGCGGAACCCGCCGACUCCGACCCCGACUCCGACCCUGAACGACCCGACUCGCCGCCCUCUGUUAUCCUCAAAAUACCCACAUUCCCACCCCCUGACGAUAAAAGCCCAUCACCCGCAACCCCAGGGGCACCAGUCGCACCUGUAACUCCAAUUCUACCGCCACAACCACCCCUGAACACACCGUCUCCGCUCCUGCUCCCGGCGUCUGUCUUCGCAGAUCCGCCUUCCUCACAACAUCUCUUCACGUCGUUGAGCGACGUCAUAGCAAAGAGUAUAAGCCAAAAGUUCCAACAGCCGCUAGAAAGGCCCCAUGAUUUCAUGCGACUUCAGCAAGACAGGCACGUAUCCGUCAUUAAAACGCCACCGGACAACUCUAGAAAUUUUUCGGGUCCUAGCAACUCUCGCGCUCCUACGAACAAUAACGGACAACCCGCUACGGGCAAGGGAACUAGACCUAAGAGAGGAAAAUAUAGGAACUACGAUAGGGAUAGCCUGGUGGAAGCGGUGAAGGCCGUGCAGAGAGGCGAGAUGUCGGUUCACCGUGCCGGUUCGUACUACGGCGUGCCGCAUUCGACUCUCGAAUACAAAGUCAAAGAGCGGCAUCUGAUGAGGCCGCGUAAACGCGAGCCGAAGCCGCCUCAGGACGUGAAGCCGCAGCCUCCCAAGCCGCCGCCGCCGAAGCCGAUGACCAAGCCGUUCACCAACGGUCUCAACGGGCCCGAGACGCCCGGGUAUCCGCCGAGCUACUUCUGGCCGGGAGCCGGCUUCCCGGCCCCGCCCGCGCCGGACCUUUACGCGUCGCAUAUGAUGCGUCGGCUCAGAGAAGAAGCGCCGCCGCCGGCGAACGGGAGUUUCCUGGAGGGAAUCAUACGGUCGAGUCUGGAAAGGCCCGGUGCGGCGUUGCUGCAACGGUUGACGGGGGAGCCGCGACCGCCGGCGCCGAACUCAGACGCGCCGAGUCUCCUUCGGCGGCUAGCGGGAGGCGACGAGGAAGGUCCAUCGGCGCGCCGAGCUCGCAUCGACUCCUCGGACCGUCAGCUCGCGGCUGAGAUGCGGGAAGCGGUACAGCGGCUCCGAGCGGACAAGAUGAGGCCCCGCAACGGGACGCCCACGCCGCCCGCGUGCGGGGCACUGUCGCCGCCGCCGCCGCCCGCCGCGCCGCCCGACCGCGCCUAGUAUCCGCAGUACUACCCUUUCCAGUGAUACGUGACGUAGUGGCGUCGCGUUCGCCCACGGAUUUUGAAAGACGUUCCGAUCUCCUCAGUCUUUGUGAUAAUUAUUAUGUAAAGUACAUUCCGUUGGGAGAGGGAAGCGGCCGAAACGUAAAGCCCGUUAGCGUGCCUCGCCGGCCGCUCGGCCCCUCCGCGCACCGGUCGGAUCUAACUCUGUGCCUGGGCCGUUAAAGUGUGCCCGUCUCAAGUUUCUACGUUACAUUAGAGUGCAAUAGACUACAUCGUAAGGAUUUUUCAUACGAAACUCAUGCAUUAUUUACAUGUAUACUGUUGUAGUGACAAUAACGUUAGUUACAGGCUUUUCUUACAUUAGACCGACGCUGGGUUUUCAUUUGUUUACACAUCUAUAGCUUUCGUAGUUCCGUUUCCGUUCCGCAACCGUCUUUAGUCCAGCUCUAUCACAUAUAUACAUCGACACAUAAUCACCAAAUAACACAAUAGUUACCUACAGACACACCCAGUUCAAUAUAUCACAGCUUUACUAUGAAAUAUCACAAUAAAUAGUUAUAGUACCACGUUCAUGCUCCACUCUUGGUGACUUACAGUGUUAUUCGCUGGGGUAAUAUAAAACUUUCGGGGAAAGACUUGUAGGAUUUCAAACGUCUUGUAAUAUAAAACUGUCGUUUUGUUAGUGACCGUUUGGCUGUAGAUAGCUUGCCGUGGGUGUUUUGCGACAGCGGCAAGUGCUUUUUAAAAUUAAAAUUGAUUUGAUGUCUAUGAUAUUUGUCUGGGAGACGUUCGUAGCGAUCGCCUAAGGAAUGAUAGGUUAGGAUACCACUGAAAGCCACGAAGAUAUAACGAUUGUUCAAAUUCUGGCAAAUCUUUGAAGCCUCAUUUUUGACCUUGUGUUUAAGUAAAAGACAACCAAAAGUUAACGUUAUGAAAUUUAACUAUUUAAAUAAUUUUAAGUAAUAAAAACAAUG